GCUAGGAAAAGAAGAUACCAAAACCUUCUCACCAAUUAGAGAUAAAGAACCCAAAUUUCUCCAUUUCCCAAAACACCUCUCUCUCAAGUACUCUCACCCUCACAACAUAAUAAAACUCCCAAAUUACCCCACAUGGGUUGAUUUUAAUUUUUGUCACAUCAUUAAUCUCCAUGCCUUCCCCCCAUAACAUUAACCAAGAACAUCAUGAGACUAUUCAUCAUGAUCAUGCUCAAUCUCAUCCUCACUUUCAAUCUCAAUCUAAUCCUCAACCUCAUCAUAGACCACACAAAAAAAGACUAGUAACUCACCAAAAUGGUAACACACAUUUCUUAAUUUGGGUAGCAGCAAUUCUAUGCACAAUAUUAGCCAUAGGAGUUGUAAUUGGAGGAGUUGGAGUCUUCGUUGGUUACAUAGUAAUUCAUCCAAGAGUACCUACAAUAAGCAUAUCACAUGCUCAUUUAGAUCUUUUCAGAUAUGAUUAUGCUGGUCUUCUACAAACACAAUUAAACAUAUUUGUGAAGGCACAAAAUGGGAAUUUUAAGGCACAUGCAACAUUUUCAAAUAUUAAAUUCAAACUUAGCUAUCAAGGACAAGGUAUAGCAUAUAUGGUUGCUGACCCUUUUGAUGUUCCUAAGAAUAAUUCCAAGGUUUUGGAUUAUGUUGUUCAAUCUAAUUUUAUACCUUUAACUCCUGAUCAAAUGGAAGUAGUUGAUGAAUCAUGGAAGAGAAAUAUUGUUGGAUUUGAUUUGAAAGGUGAUGCUAGGACUCAAUGGAGAAUUGGACCUUUUGGUUCUUUUAAAUUUGGUUGUAAACUUGAGUGUACACUUAGAUUUCAUCCUUUGAAUGGUAGUUAUAUUCCUUCAAGAUGCACUUCUCAAUCCAAAUGAUAAUUCCUUCUUUGUUUCCA